AUGCAGCCUUCUGCUUUGCAAAUGCCAAAUCGGAUUAAUGUGGAUCUCCCAUGCCAAGUUUGUUUGGAUGAAGACUAUUGUAUGUGUAAUGAUGAUAUUGAUUCACAAAUUUUUGGUGAUCGUCAGCCAAGAAGUAUUUCACUGAUUGAGAAGCCUCGAGGGGAACAUAAUAUUAAUCUCACGUUGACUCUCUCAGUAUGA